AUGUCGGACAGAGGUCGCUCACCCGCUCCGGGGGGGCCCUCGGGCUCGGGAAGACGACCUUCCCAGUCCCCAGCGCGAUCCGCAACUGGCUCUGCUGGUGGACCUGCUGGCGGCUAUCCCAAACCACUUGGUUUCGAUCCUGCCAGGCUUGUAAAGCAGGAGGACCAAGGCAACACCCGCAUGGAGUUGCCUCCAGAUGCCUACAUCUCUGAGACCAAGAAGGACAUGUUCACUCUCCGAGAAGGUCGCUUCAACAAUGAGGGCAGGUCGGAGUUUAUCGAGGUCAAUCAAUACCGAAUGACCAAGUUUGAUUUCAACAAGAAGAUCUACCAGUACGAUGUCGUUCUGUCUCCCAGCCCUGACAAGAUUGGACCGGUCAUGAAGAAGAUCUGGGCUCAUCCCGUCACUCAAAAGACCAUGCAGCCGUACAAACUCGAAAUGUGGCUCUUCGACGGGAAGAAGCUGGCAUGGAGCCCGGCACUUGUCGAUCGCGGUGAAAUUCGUUUCUCUGUCGAUCUGGACGAAGGCCAACGCCCUCCUGGUGCCAAGCCCCGCGAAGGCGGCAAGUUCUUGGUCACUAUUCGAAAGACCACUGAGAUUCAAGUCGCUGCACUUCAGGGCUAUUUGUCUCACAAGAUAUCGUUCAACAACAGUGUUCAAGAGGCACUGAACUUCAUUGACCAUCUUGUUCGACAGUUCCCAUCAAAGAACCUGCUCGCCAUCAAGCGAAACUUCUACCAGACUGGCAGGCCUGGAGCUCCCCUUCAAGAUGGAGCUAUCGUUGAGGUCCACAAGGGAACCUACGCUUCGGUCCGAAUGAGUGACAACUUGAAGAACGGUGGUGUCGGACUUGGCUACAACAUUGAUGUGGCCAACACCUGUUUCUGGAUCGGCAACCAGCCAUUGGACAAGAUGGCCUGCAAUUUCCUCGCUACUAGCGACCCUAGCAAGUACCGAGGACAUACUCCUGGUACACUCAAUGAGAUCCUCAAGCCUGUCCGGGGCAAGACCGCAUGGGAGUCAUCCGACGCCUUCAAGCAGCUUCGCAAGUUGCGACGUCUCAAGUUCAAGGUCAAGCACAAGGGCCGAAAGAACGAAGACAAACUCUACACCAUCCAGGACUUCGCAUUCGACCCCAAGUUUGGUGAAGCUGGCCACACGGCCCGCACUCAUACAUUCGAGAAGGAUGGGCAACAAAUCUCAGUCUAUGACUACUACAAGAAGAUGUACAAUGUCACUCUGCGACUUUCCCAUCUCCCUCUCAUCAAUGCUGGUAAGGGUGGCUACAUUCCCAUGGAGCUUGCUUUCGUCGAGAGCAUGCAACGCUAUCCUUUCAAGUUAAAUCCUGAUCAGACCGCUGCAAUGAUCAAGAUCGCUGUCACCCGGCCCGCCGUUCGCAAAUCCGACAUCCAAAAGGGAGCUGCCGCUCUUCAGAUCGGCCAAGAUCCUUAUCUGAAGGAGUAUGGCGUCAAUUUCGAAGCCCAAUUUGCGAAGACCGAGGCUCGUAUUUUGCCUCCCCCUACUGUCAGGUUUGGCCAGGGUUCAGCGGAACCCAAGUUUGCUGGUCGCUGGGACUUGCGAGGUAAGAAGUUCUUCAAGCAGAACUCCGCCCCCCUCAUGAACUGGGGCUUCGUUGCCUGUGAAGCACCUGUACCCCAGGCUGUUCUUUCGGCAUUUGCCACGACUUUCAAGACCACCUUCAUCGGCCACGGUGGAAAAGUUACUGGCGAGCCGCAACUCUUGAACGCACCUAGCAACUUGCGUUUCGAACCCGGAAAGCUCGUCGAAUGGGCGCACGAGGAGAUCACCCGCCGACAGGGUUACACUCAACUCCUGUUCAUCGUCGUGUCCAAGAAGAACAGUGGUACCUACGAACGCCUCAAGAAGUCUGCCGAUUGCAGAUACGGCAUCCUCAGCCAAGUUGUCCUUGGUAGCCAUGUGCAAAAGAACAAUGGUCAAUACCACUCCAACGUUUGCAUGAAGGUGAACGCCAAGCUUGGUGGUGCUACUGCCUGUACGCCCCCUCUGUGGAAGUCUCCCACAUUCUUCCCCCCCAACCGCCCGACUAUGAUUAUAGGCUGCGAUGUCUCCCAUGCCGCUCCUGGUGGUGCGACUGCUUCAGUUGCUUCCAUGACAAUGUCUGUGGAUCCCAACGCUACUCGAUACGCUGCAGUCGCCGAGACGAACGGUUAUCGCGUCGAGAUGCUCACUCCCUCCAAUAUCCGCUUCAUGUUUGGAGAGCUCAUUCCCAAGUGGAAACAAAACCACCCAGGACAGAUGCCUGCGCACCUAAUCUAUUUCCGCGAUGGCGUUAGUGAAGGCCAGUUCGCGCAUGUAUUGGAGCAGGAGGUAUCUGAGAUCAAGAAGCACCUCGGAAGCAUCCUUCCUCCCGGCAAGGUGCCCAAAUUCACGGUCAUCAUUGCCACAAAGCGUCACCACGUCCGCUUCUUCCCUCAGAAGGGAGACAAGAACGGCAACCCUCUGCCUGGUACUCUUGUUGAGAAGGAAGUCACUCACCCAUUCAUGUUUGACUUUUACCUCAACUCUCAUGUUGCUAUUCAGGGAACCGCACGACCUGUCCACUACUCUGUGAUUCUGGAUGAGAUGAGAAUGCCUGUCAAUGAUCUUCAAAAGAUGAUCUACCAGCAGUGCUACUCGUAUGCCCGAUCCACUACCCCUGUCUCCCUCCACCCUGCUGUUUACUACGCGCAUCUCGCUAGCAACCGAGCUCGCGCCCACGAAAACAUCGCCACCAGUGACGGAUUCAGAACUGGUGCCAAGGGACAUGAGAUUGCUCGAGAGAAGCAAGCUCACGGAAUCACUUCAUCAGCUCCUAACAGGGCCGCUGAUGCGCCCCCUCUGAUCCGUCUGGGAGGCCCUUGCAGACAGACUCCUGCUGAUGGCGAGCAGCGACAACGCGACUUCUUCCGCAGUACCAUGUGGUUCAUCUAA